CGGCAAAAAACACGAUAACAAAAUUAUAAAAUUCUACACCAGAUGCCAUUACAUGCAACAAAAUGCCGAUAAUAAAACUGCGAAUGCCUUCGAAUCGAACGCUGGGCAAUAUUUGCGUUUAUGGCGCCGUCAUCUCCAUUUCGGCUGUGAUGUAUAUGCGAUGGCGGCUCGAGGAUCGCGUCCGCUCAACCGAAUACUAUAAAUUGGCACUGAAAACACUGCGUCAACACAAGGGAGCUAUCGGGCUGCUGGGCGAACCGAUUAAGGAAUCCGGUUUUGACAUGUCCAAUGUGAAUAACACGUGUGAUGCGAACCAGGCACAACUCGAGAUUUCGGUGCGUGGACCCAAGGACAAAGGCACCGUCUUCUUCUGGGCCACAAAUAAGCUAGAAAGUGGCUGGCUCAUCGAUCGACUGGAGCUGGAGACGAAACAGCAUCCCAACAAGCGUUUCCUGCUGAAGAAGCCAAAUGACUCCGAAUCGCCUACAGAUCCGGAGUACCAGCAGCAAAAUUCCACAGAAUUACCAUCAGGGGAUCGGAAUUAUACGGUACAGCAAUAUCCACAGCCAAUACCAUUACAUCAGCCGGAGGAACCGGCGCCAUAUGUCCAUACGGCGGAUGGUGGUCGCAUGGGUUAAAAUCAAAAAAUUAAAUACUUGUUGAAAUUUCUUUAAUUUAUUCUCAUUAAAUUUGACUAUGCAAGCGUU